UCCUCAAUCAAACUUGAAUUGGCAUGAUGUUGCUGGUUGCACCUCCAAGAAAAUGACAACUCGAUCACCUUAUCCUUUGGAUCAUGCGAUGAGAGUCCCAAGAUUGUGCAGUCUUUAAGCAACAAGAAUUUCUCGAGAUCAAUCUUGUUCUGUGAUCCAUCGAACGUUGUCCACUUGAGACUUUUUAUUUGUUUAUGUCAGUUUGCCUCGAUGAUUAGGAACCAUACACAACCGGUAUUUAUGAAAAGUUAUUUUCAUAACUCCUGAUUUUUGGUUUGAAAAAAUGUGUUUCUUCGUUGAAAAUAUAUGUAAGUUUUUCAUAUUAUUUCUUGGUUGUUAUAUAUAUGAGACAAUGCAAAGAAGAGAUAAUCAAAACAAAAACAACAGUUAAGGACUGUUGUUAGAAUUCUAUAGAAAAUUCAAGAGAUAGUAUUGAGAUGAAGACUUGAAGAGAAGUUAACAUGAUCUCUGCAUGUUUAACAUUUAUUCUCCUAGGAAAUGAAGAUCUCUUGCAUGUUCAUCAUUUAAAUUAUUCAUGCAAGAGAGUGCAAGUGUUGUUACAUUUAUUGAUGAAUCGUGUAUUGCCUAUAUAAAGGCUGUGACUUCUCUCUUGUAAUAUAUAGAAAUACACUGAAUAUACAUAAAAUAGACAAGUUCUCUCAUCUAUUUAGUGCUCUCUCUUCUCUCUUUGUGUUUAAUCAAUGUUCACAAUGUAAAGUGCUUGAGGAUCAUGCUUUAGAGGCUGCUUUGUGGCAGCCUAAUACUUGUCUAGAUGUUCACUAAAUUCUUUAUUUUUUCUUCUUAACUCUAGAUUACUGAUUCUUAGUCCCCUGAAUCUUUGGUACACAAACUCUAUGUGUUGUGUUACUUUUAAGGACUAGUCUCAAACUAGAGUGUUUAUCUCCUUCGUAUAACCGAUUUACUCUGUAGUAUUUUUGGUUGUAUGGUAGAGUAAUUGUGUAGAUUCAACUACAAGUUGGUUGUAUCUUCUCUUGUUAAGAACGGGUUCUCUCUUGUGGGUGAAGGAGAUUCAGUCACAAGUUGAUUGUAUUCUUUCUUGCUAUGAGUCAAUCCUCAUAAAUUCUUACAUGGUAUGAGAGCUUUGUUGCUAUUCUUUGGGAAAACUCGUUCUCUCUGUUUUUGAAUCAAUUUUUUCUCUCUUUUGUUGUGUUUGCUUGGUCUAUAUUUUUUGUACCUUGGGAUCAAACAUGGGGGAGGGAAGAGAAUUAGACCAAACAGUUUUGUUGAUGAAGCAUCACUUUGGACUGUGGAUGAUCUGUGUUGUUCCAUUGGUUUCGAUUGUGUCUCAGCCUACACCAAAUCUCUUUUAGAUUUGUGGGUGCAGUUGGCUGCUAAAUGCUUUUGCUUAAAUCAAGAAAACAGAGCAUAUAUCUGUCCAUUGGAACUCUUGAGGGGGUCUGUUGGUGAUCUGAUUCAAACCUUAAAGGCUUUAAAGAAAGAAAUAAAAGGCGCAGCUCAUUGCUUGGAAGUUCAAGUGUUACCACCAAGUUUCAGAGACCACAAGACAAGCCCAACCUAGUUUAAUCCGACUGACUUGGACAUGGCAGACCAUAGUGGAUGACCGGAAGAAGCAGACCCCAAGGUGGCUAUUGUGGAAGUUCGAGUGGAGAGGCAAGCUGGUGGGAAGCUUUGGAUCAGCCCAAUGCAUGUUUUUUUUUGGUGCUAAGUUGUUGGAACUCAAGUCUGGAUGUGCACAAGAUGACAAGAUCCGUGCUGCACAAGGUUUCAGGAGUUCAAAACGUGGCUUCAUACCAUGACAAGAAAGCAAUCUCAAAAUGGCUCAAUCCGUAUCUCGUUCAAAGCCUUCUUCUUCGAAACGAAAAGGCUGAACUCUAAAACUCUAUCCAAUUUUUUACCUUAGUUUAAAUGAUAUUCUUAUAUUUCUCUUUUUGCUAUCGCAAUGUCCCAUGUUGUUUUUUCUUAAACCCCACGACAUUUACUUUACAAAAAUUUUCUUUAAAUCUCUUGAAGAAGGUUUAAAGGGGAGGAGUCAUGCAUGAACAUUCUCAAGAGAAACACAAGCCGAAGCAAAGAAGGCCAUUAUUAGAGAAAUCAAGUCAAGAAGAACUAAGAAAUUGAAACUCUUGGAGAACGAGCCGGUUCUCAUGUUUAUAUACCAAGGUCUUGCUACUUCAUGCACCGUGAAAGCUAUACUAUUUUUCCUCAUCAUGGUUUUGUCUCAUGUGGUUUUACAUGAUGAGAUUUUUUAUAAUGAGGCAGUCUUUCGCGUGUGGCAAGCUUGACCUUUGGUCCUUUCAGUUCCCGACGAUCAAGCUUGGGGGAGGGAAAUAGAGAGGAUAAAGGAAAGGAGAGGUAGAAGCCGAUGUCUCUGGACAAGGCUGAUCAUCUCCAUGAAAAAGAAGAAUAGAGAGAGAGUCAAGGCCGCAGUCAUCAUGACAAGGCCGAAGACUUCUCAUGUCUGUCCAAAUUAAAGAAGAUGAUGUGCACUUAAUGCUGAAGAUCGAAGCUCUUUGAUCAAGCCAUGUCACAACCAAGAAAUUGAUGAUGAAGGUUUUCAUGGUUUCCUAGCUUGACUAGUUCCUAUUGUCAAGCUUGAGGGAUAAUAUUGAGAUGAAGACUUGAAGAUAAGUUAACAUGAUCUCUGUAUGUUAACAUUUAUUCUCCUAGGAAAUGAAGAUCUCUUGCAUGUUCAUCAUUUAAAUUAUUCAUGCAAAAGCAUGCAAGUGUUGUUGCAUUUAUUGAUGAAUCUUGUAUUACCUAUAUAAAGGUUGUGACUUCUCUCUUGUAAAACAUAGAAAUACACUGAAUAUACAUAAAAUAGACAAGUUUUCUCAUCUAUUUCGUGCUCUCUCUUCUCUCUUUACUUGUGUUUAAUCAAUGUUCACAAUGUAAAGUGUUUGAGGAUCACGGUUUAGAGGCUGCCUUGUGGCAGCCUAAUACUUGUCUAGAUACUCACUUAAUUCUUAAUUUUUUCUUCUUAACUUUAGAUUACUGAUUAUUAGUCCUCUUAAUCUCUGGUACACAAACUCUAUGUGUUGUGUUACUUCUUAAGGACUAGUCUCAAGCUAGAGUGUUUAUCUCCGUCGUAUAACUGAUUUACUACUCUGUAGUAUUUUGGGUUGUAUGGUAGGGAAAUUGUGUAGAUUCAUCUACAAGUUGGUUUGAAUCUUCUCUUGUUAAGAAAGAGCUCUCUCUUGUGGGUGAAGGAGAUUCAGUCACAAGUUGAUUGUAUUCUCUCUUGCUAUGAGUCAAUCCUCAUAAAUUCUUACAGAUAGACAAGAGAAAGUUCUGAGGAAUCAAUGAGAAAGACACUUAGAAGUGGUUGAUUUUCAUCUGUGAUUUUUCCCGACUGUUGUAUCUAUUUCCAACUCGUACCGAGUGAUAUUUAUUUCUAAAUCGGGUUACAAUAUGCAUUCAGUUUAACAUGUUUCCACAUAUAAUUUUCUUACUAAUGCAUUUGGAUUCGGUGCUGAGUUCUGACAUGUUAACGUUCUUAGUAAUCAUGGUUGAAAAGUAAUGUGUUAGUUGUGCUCAUUCAUUAUAACUGAAGAAACGGACACUAUUUAAAAUAAUGAACCCUAGAAUUUAAAUAAAUGGGAAAUCAACCCUAGAAUUUAAAUAAAUGGGGGAUUUGAUGGCUUCUUUUAACAUCAAAUCCAAUAAUAUUGGUUUCCUAUAUUUACUUUAUUCCUUUUGUUAAUUUUAAGUUUGACUGUAAUUUAUGUAAUAGACAAAUAAAAAAAAAACUGUUAUACAAAAUCAACAUAACACAAUCUGAUUUCGGUAAAUAUAGAAAAGUCACUACUAAUUUAUACACAACUUUCAUGACCAAUUAAAAAUUAUACACAAAAUUGUAGAUAUUUUUUUACCACUAAUCUCGCGAUGGAAUAUAUUUGAUUGACUUAAUUCUUGUGGCCUAUAAUUUGUUUCCUUAUAGUUUGUUUAUUUCAUAUUAUAUUUUUCUAUAGUCUAUGCUUCAUUUUAUCUUAUAUUCAUAAUUUGUAUCAUGAAAGCAAUAAUUAUAUUGCCUAUAUUUUAUUUUAUCUUAAAUUUAUAAUUAUUUUAUAUAAGUUUUUGCUUACUCUUAUAUGUUUGCUUUCACAGAUUAUACUUCAAUUACACUUAACCAAAAACAAAUGUUUUUUUUUUUAAAUCGAAGGUUACUUUAUAUAAACAUACAUAAUUUUGUUCAAUCUUUCAUUAUAUAACAUGUAAAAUUUAUGAUUAUGACUUUUACAUUUUUACUAUCUAUAGAUUAAGUCAUAAUUUUUUUACUUUAUUUACUCCGCGCAUGACGUGGUCAUGAAUACCACCUAGUAUAUACAAAUAAUAUAUGAAUUAUAUUAAAUCACACUGUCCGCCUAGUUUUAUUGAUUAGUCUGGCCUUCUUAGAGUCACCAACAUGAACAGGCGGGUCAAAAUUAACGUCUGGCUCAAUGUCCCACGUUCAAAACGUUGAUAUAUAGGCUUUACAUAAUUUUAUCAUUUAAUGUAAUCAAAAACGAAAAAAUUAUAUGUAAUCAACCACCACGAAAUCCCAUAACAUCAUCCACUUCAAAUUUGUGUGGACGUGGCCUAAACUUUUACUUAUAUAUAAUCAACCCACACAAGUAUUCUCAUUAUAACAUCAUCCACUUUAAUCUGAGGGGAAUGGCUGGAGAAGAGCAAAGACGUAGAUGGAGCCUUCAAGGCAAGACCGCACUUGUCACCGGUGGAACCAAAGGCAUUGGGCAUGCUAUAGUAGAGGAACUUGCAGGAUUUGGGGUGAUAAUACAUACAUGUGCUCGAGACGAAGCACAUCUCAACGAGUGUUUAAGCAAGUGGAAGAAUAAAGGGUUUCAAGUCACUGGUUCAGUCUGUGACGUAUCGUCCUGGACCGAAAGAGAGAAGCUAAUGCAAACUGUGUACUCUUUGUUUGAUGCCAAGCUCAGUAUCCUUAUCAACAAUGCUGGCGCAAUCCGGUCAAAGCCAACAAUAGAGCAUACGGCUGAGGAUUUCUCGUUCCACAUUUCGACCAACUUGGAAUCUGCGUAUCAUUUUAGCCAGCUUGCACAUCCUCUGCUCAAAGCUUCAGGAUGUGGUAACAUCGUGUUCAUAUCCUCCAUUUCUGGGGUCGUCUCACUUAGCAUCAGCUCCAUCUACAGUGCCACAAAAGGGGCAAUGAAUCAGCUAGCAAGGAAUUUGGCAUGCGAGUGGGCGAGCGACAGCAUAAGAGCUAAUUCUGUAGCUCCUACAUUCAUUGCCACUCCACUGGUUGAUAAUGCGUUUGAUGAUGAAUUUAAAAAAGUGGUAGAAUCAACAAAUCCCUUGGGGCGCAUAGGAAAACCAGAGGAGGUAGCAUCGGUGGUGGCAUUUCUUUGUAUGCCUGCAGCUUCUUACAUAACGGGUCAGACCAUUUGCGUUGAUGGAGGUCUUUCGGUCAAUGGCUUCUCGUAUCAGCCACACGCUUAAUCCCAACCACCAAAACAAAUAAAAUUGAAGUUCAGUAAUAAGUUUGAGUCUUCAGACUUUGUAUCCUUCAUAUGAUUAUGUUUUUCAUUAUUUCCCUCUGUUUCAAAUAAGUUGAUGUUUUUUAAAAUAAAUAAAAUUAGUUGAUGUUUUAAGGUCACGUUUUAUGAAAUUAUUAAUUUUAUUUCAUUUUUCAUUAGUUAAAGUCAAUCUAACAAAUAAAAAUAAUUCAAUAGAAUAUGAUUGGUUAAAUAUACCAAACAACAUUUAGGUUUUGCAUAGAAAUCUUUUAAAGAAAUAGAAUGAAACAAAAAUACAAUCUUAAAACAUCAACUAAUAUGAAACAAAGAGAAUAGCAUAUGUGGCUGAGUCACCAUUUUUGUUGUAAGAUUUGAAUUUUUCCACUAUCUCCUAAGUGUUAUUGCGAAAGCCCAAGUAACAAAAGACUACUAGAGCUUGAUCAGUGCAAAAUUUUCGUUUUUAUAAAUAAAAUAAUAUAAAUUUAUUGUUUACGUAUAUUAUAUAAAUGUUUAAUAUAAAAUUUUAAACAUAAUAGUUAUUUUAUUUAUUGAGUAAUUAAAUUUCUAUUUUUUUAAUAGUCAAUUAUAUCACCCAUACUUUUUAACAUAUAAAUUUAUUGUAUUCAGCUUUCAGUGAACUUUUAUUUAUAUGAAAAUAUGUUACAAAUAAUAUAUUAACUGAAUAAUUUAUAUUUUAUUUAUAUAUUCUAUAAAUGAUUAAUUUAUUUUUUAGUUAUUACUAAUAAAUAAUAGGAAAUAUAACUAUAUAGUUUUAAAAUGAUAUUGUAUUCUAAAUUUAUUAAACGGAUACCUAAAUCCGUUUAAGUGGCUUUUAAAAAUUAUUUUACGUUUAUGUAAAUUAUUUAUUGUUUUACAUUAACCUUAUAUCACGUUUUGACAUAUUUAUUAAUUAAUGAAACACCCGUUUUUUUCUUCUAAAUCAAUUAUAUAUAGAUGCAUGUUUGACUUUAUAUAAAUCUAUUUGACUAAAUCUGAUGACACACAUAACUAAAUCAAAAUGUGAGACCUAUUCAUCUUUAUAAUAUGAAAAUUAAUUUUCAGUAUCAAUCUAAAAAUUAUAUUUAAAUUUUGAUGCGUCUUACUUAUAAAAACACACACAUGACUAUAGUACUUCAUAUAUAUAUAUAUAUAUAUUUUAUUAAUUAGUAAAAUUUAUUUUUUAAUAAAUAUUGAUACAAAGUAAAUUUUGGGAAAGUAAUUAUUAUAUAGGAGAUUUGUUAUUGUAUUUAUUUAUUAGGUAGUUUUUUUUGUUGAUGACAAAAAAAAGAGACUUACCAAUUAUAGAGAUCCUAAAUAUAUGGAUCUUGAUUUAUGGUAUAUUAAUUAAGUUUUAAAUUUAUCUUGAAUUUGUUAUAAAUUUAGUUUAGGUAAUUGUCAAUUAAAUUAGGAAAAAACAGUUAAUGAUAAAGAUAAAUUAGUUAUUACUUCAGUGGCAUUGAGACGUAAAUAAAUUUAAGUUUUAAGGGCUAAUUUAUAAGUGUACUUCUGUUUUAAUAAUAUAUAUAGAUUUGACCAAGAGAAGAAGUUAAUGAGUGAUUUCAACAUAUGUAAUACUCUUGUUUUUCAUAUAUAUACAAUAUAAUCUCUUUAAAUUAAUACUUUAUAAAUUAAGAGAAAUUGGGACUCCUAUACAAACAUAACCUUGUAAUUUGCAGGGAUGGAAAUUGACCUUUUUUGGAUGAUGCGUUUUUUUUAAUGACACUUUUACCCCUAUAUUGAUAUAUCACAGUGAAAAUGUUUUUUUUUCAAUAAAAAACACUAUAAUCGAUAUAUGCUUUGUUUCUGAAAUAAACAAAUUGUUCAUUUCUCUUCUUUCACAUUUACAUUGUUUACAUCGAAAAAGAGAGAUGAUGAACAGCUCCACCCUCUCUCUCUCUCUUGCUUUUCUCUUCAUCCUCCUCCCUUCAUCUUCCAUUACCUCUUCAUCUAAAUCCCCUUUGUUUCCAUCGACUGGUGUUUGCCCAUUCCUCAGUUGGAUCGUCCCAUCGAAAUUCUCUGAGAAUAUCUCACGAGAGGUUCCAUACUCACAGAGCUCGUGUCUCCGCCUCCGAUUGUGUUCCUCCUUAUCACCACUGGUUGCCUGAAUGGUCAGAGAUACUCAAAUCUCAAAAGGAUGAGUCUUCACCAGAUCGCUCUUCUUGCUGAGAACUGGAAUUAAAUACCUUUUGGCUGGUAGUAUGUCAUGUUUUAAAUUCGAAAGUUUUUUGUUGUUUUCAGUUUUAAUUGAUUUCGUCAGAUUCCGAUUGAAGCUUUACUUAAUGAGGAGUGUUAUUGACGACCAUGAUUUUGUUGUACAUACAUGGUAAAUUUUGAGAGAACCUUUUAUUAUCAGAAACAGUGUUAGCCGGAUAAAUAUAAUAGAAAACAAUUUUUUUAAUGGACUCACACUUUUAUCAUCUGGUAACCAACUUUUUUGUUUUAUUAGAGUUAAACGAACAAAUUGGAACAUAGCCAUUCUUAGCUCAAUCAUACAUAACUAUAUUUUAAAUAUUAUCCGUUUACGAAUUGACAUAACCAUCAACAGAUCCAAUAGCAGGUAAUUUUAACUCUAAACAUUAGUCAAUAUGUAAAGUAUCCGGAUAAAUCACAAUAUAAUCAUGCUAAUUUAUGAAAAAUAUAAAAAACCACAUUUAACCGUGUUAAUUUACAUAUCAACUAUAUGAUUUGAUAUUUAUUAGCUGGCUAAAAUAAGUCAAAAUAAAAUCAAAGAAAAUAAA